CAAAUUUCGUUUGUUUUGAUUUUGAUUGGAGAGCAAAAUGGACCACGCGACGAGUGAUUUAAAGGAAUUCAUUACGGACCUGGUGAUACCGCACCAGCGCUGCAAUGUGAACAUCAAUCCGGACCACAUAUCCAUGCUGGAGGGGACCAAGAUCAAGAAGCAGCACUCCCGCAAGCGCCGCUCCCACAAAUCUGGAGUUCUGAGCCGCAAGGAGAACGCAAAACUUGGAUUAAAUACACUUCCGACCAAGCAGAUGAAAUACGAGGAGGCUCUGCCACUUCAUGAUCUCUGGAAGGGAUAUGUUCGCGAGCAUCUGGAGCUAAGGGAGGGAUCGGAGGUGCCGCAAGUCCACGAUCCUCGUUACGAGGAGUUCAGCCGGCAGUUGGUAAAACUAGAUCUGCACGGAGCCAAACUAAGAGUCGUUCAAUCCAAGUGCCGCACCCUGGAGAACUUGGCUGGAAUCUGUGUCAUGGACACCAAGAACGUUCUAAAGCUUCUGGGUAAAGAUCAUCGGCUGAGGACUAUCCCCAAGAGCGAGUGCGUCUUUGGCAUGAAAGUGGGCAACAUGGAGUUUACCAUAUUCGGACAACACCUAAAUAUUCGACCCGCCGAGCGAAGCGUUAAAAAAAUCAAGAACUUUGUGGAGCCCUUCAUGUAGAAGCUUGAAAACCUAUCAUUAGCAUAAGAAAUGGUAUCCUAUUGUUACUUUUAUAAUAAAGAAAAAUUAUUUGAAUAUGUUUU